AUGGACUCCCCCAUCACUUCUGUGGAGUCCUUCCGUUUCCUGGGCCCCACCAUCACCCAGGACCUCAAGUGGGAGCCGACCAUCAGCUCCCUCAUCAAGAAGGCCCAGCAGAGGAUGUACUUCCUGCGGCAGCUCAGGAAAGCCAAGCUGCAGUUCUACACGGCCAUCAUCGAGUCCACCCUCACCUCCUCCAUCACCUCCUCCAUCACCUCCUCCAUCACCUCCUCCAUCACCUCCUCCAUCACCUCCAUCACCUCCUCCAUCACCUCCUCCAUCACCUCCUCCAUCACCGUGUGGUUCGCUGGAGCCACAGUCAGGGACAAACAGAGACUACAGUGCAUUGUGCGCUCUGCAGAGGAAGUGAUCGGCCGCAGCCUUCCAUCGCUGCAGGACCUAGAUAUACAGCCAGGGGAAGAAAUAACCUACGACUAUGGGGGGACUGAUUGCCCAUGGAGAACACAGACCAAAGACCAACCUCAUGCAGCCAUGUCCUCUGAGUCUCAUGUCACCAGACCAGCUGAGAUGGCUACAGAGUCACCUCCAGGCCCCAGCACACAGACCAAAGACCAACCUCAAGUAGGCAAGUCUCCAGCGUCUCAUAUCUCCAGACCGGCUGAGAUGGCUACAGAGUCACCUCCAGGCCCCAGCACACAGACCAAAGACCAACCUCAAGUAGGCAAGUCUUCAGCGUCUCAUAUCUCCAGACCGGCUGAGAUGGCUACAGAGUCACCUCCAGGCCCCAGCACACAGACCAAGGACCAACCUCAAGCAGCCAAGUCUUCAGCGUCUCAUGUCUCCAGACCGGCUGAGAUGGCUACAGAGUCACCUCCAGGCCCCAGCACACAGACCAAGGACCAACCUCAAGCAGCCAAGUCUUCAGCGUCUCAUGUCUCCAGACCGGCUGAGAUGGCUACAGAGUCACCUCCAGGCCCCAGCACACAGACCAAGGACCAACCUCAAGCAGCCAAGUCUUCAGCGUCUCAUGUCUCCAGACCGGCUGAGAUGGCUACAGAGUCACCUCCAGGCCCCAGCACACAGACCAAAGACCAACCUCAAGCAGCCAAGUCUUCAGCGUCUCAUGUCUCCAGACCGGCUGAGAUGGCUACAGAGUCACCUCCAGGCCCCAGCACACAGGUCAGACUUGGUUUUUGUAACGGAACGAUUUAG